AUGGCUUCAACAUAUUCCGCUGCCUAUUUGGCAGAGGAUCGCAGCAAACCAGCGUUAAUUGGAAUUAUUUUUGUCACAGCACUUUCGUUUGUUGUGGUCACGGUUCGAAUCUAUGCGCGGAGGUUCUUGAUCCAUGAAUUAGGCUGGGACGACCUUUUUAUUGUACUUGCCCAGUUGACCAGUUGGGCCACCAUGGUCCUAUGCAUGAUGAUUCUUCGUCAUGGCUCUGGUCGACAUUUAGCAGCACUGGUCAGUCACCCAGAAGAGCUUGUCAAGAUGUAUAAAUGGCUCGUCGCCACGCAGAUGGUGUAUAUGUUCAAUUUAUGGCUCUGUCGAGUAUCUGGGCUGGCUUUCUAUGCUCGUCUGAACCCAAUGCCACGAUUUAUCCUUUACCUCCGCCUCUCCUUCGGCUUCGUGACUGCUGUUUACGUCGCACAGACACUCAUUAUUGCCCUGCAGUGUGUUCCUCUUGCCGCACUAUGGGGGGCCGCGGAAGGCAAAUGCAUGGGCUCUGGGAUAACCUUCAUUUCAACGGGCGCUCUUACAAUCGUCUGUGAUUCAUUGAUUCUCCUUCUUCCCGUCAAAAUUGUUCUAUCAUUACAAGCGAAGAUGGCAAGAAAGCUCGCGCUAUUGGGUAUUCUCUGCUUUGGAAUUUUUGCCGUUGUAACAUCGGCACUUCGAUUAUACUCAAUGAUUGUGUCAGUACAACAUGCUAAUGAUGCCACAUGGUUCUUCUCACCUGUCAUUGCUUGGACCUGCGCCGAGAUUAGCACAGGCAUCAUUGCUCUCUCUCUACCAGCACUAAGAGCCAUAUUCGGAUUUGUUAAGGAACGGCGCUCGACCAAAGACCAGAGUUAUUCUAAUGGCUCGGAGGGAAUUGGCCUUGAAUCCGUACCUCGGUCUUUCAAGCCACGACUAUUUCGAGGGUCGGAUAUAUAUGAAAACACGGUCGAGGUUGAUUGUGCAAGAACUCCUAGCCGUGAAGCUCUAUGGGAUGGAAGAGCUGAUCAGAAGAUCAGAGUCACCGACACUGUUGACAUAGAUGUCCAGCUUAACGCCCGAUACACAGAUUAG